CAGGAAGUUUCGAAGCCAGCCGACCUCGGGAGCAGCAGAGUUUUGAGGACCUUCUUCAUGUACACAGCCACUUUUUUCAGGCAUCUCCCCAACCUAGCACCAGCAUGGUCUACAGGGUCCCUUCAUCAGACAGAGCGCUCUUGCUGCAAAGCCGGGAACUGUAAAAGCUGCGUUACUUCCUUGAGGACUUUGGAGACGGGACAAGGCUGUUUUGCCGGGUCUGAGGAGGACAGCUGCUGGAAACGCUCGUGCUGCUGCUUCUGUUGGGAUGUGGGUCUUUGCGGAACCUCUGCUUGCAGUGUAAAACCUAAAAGUUGCAGGGGGGGGGGACAUACGAGAAUCAAGAAUCUCAUCCUGCCAUAGCCUUGUUUCUCAAGAGAGCGCUGACAUCUCGCCUGUGUGUGGAGUCAGACCAGCACAGGAUCCUCGUCUCAACUCAACACACUCUGACCAGGACUGCAACCCCCCUGCUAUGUCCAAUCUUGCCAUAACCCCGGCUUCUUAAAGAAACCGAACAAUCUCACGCUCCAAUCAGUCCCGACUCUGAUUUCCAUAUGAGAUUCAGCAGCACCAGGCAGAACUGGCAUGGACCACUGACUUUCAACUUCACAUAAAGAACAAGGACGAAGAACAAGUUCUGGGGACGGGUGGGGGGGGAAGACUGUUCAGUUCUUAAAGGACACAAACAAAAACUUGUUUGUCUUGGAGCUGGUCUAGUGGCCUUCACCAACAGCCAUGCAGGUGUCCUUUGCAUGUACGGACCAUGGGCUGAAGGCCCCGCGUAACGGCGAGCACAGCAAGCAGAACGCCACCAGCCCCAACACAGCCAGCCAGGCCCGCGCCCGCUUCCGCACCGUGGCCCUGAUAGCUCGCAGCCUGGGCUCCUUCACCCACCGCUACCACCACAACCUCAAGGAGUCCACCGCCAAGCUCACGGGCAUGAAGUACCGGAACCUGGGGAAAUCUGGAUUGCGUGUCUCCUGUCUGGGGCUUGGCACGUGGGUAACAUUUGGAGGUCAGAUCUCUGAUGAGGUGGCAGAGCAGCUGAUGACUAUCGCCUACGAAAGCGGGGUCAACUUAUUCGACACGGCCGAGGUCUACUCCGGGGGGAAAGCAGAGAUAAUCCUCGGAAACAUCAUCAAGAAAAAGUGCUGGAGGAGAUCCAGCCUGGUGAUCACCACAAAGCUUUACUGGGGAGGAAAGGCAGAGACAGAGAGAGGCCUCAACAGAAAACACAUCAUUGAAGGUUUAAAGGGCUCCCUCCAGAGGAUGCAACUUGAGUAUGUGGACGUGGUUUUUGCCAACCGGCCAGACAGCAACACUCCCAUGGAGGAGAUAGUGAGAGCUAUGACACAUGUGAUAAACCAGGGGAUGUCUAUGUACUGGGGGACAUCACGGUGGUCUGCCAUGGAGAUCAUGGAGGCAUACUCUGUGGCCAGGCAGUUUAAUCUAAUUCCACCUGUAUGUGAGCAGGCUGAGUACCAUUUCUUCCAGAGGGAGAAAGUGGAAACUCAGCUACCAGAGCUCUACCAUAAGAUAGGUGUGGGUGUGGUCUCUUGGUCCCCUCUGGCCUGUGGAAUCAUCACUGGAAAGUAUGAGAACGGCGUCCCGGAAUCCUCCAGGGCCUCAAUGAAACCAUACCAGUGGUUAAGGGAGAAAAUAAUGAGUGAAGAUGGGAGAAAACAACAAGCCAAGCUAAAGGAACUGGCUCAUAUCGCGGAGAAACUCGGAUGUACUUUGCCACAGCUAGCCAUAGCCUGGUGCCUGAGGAACGAGGGAGUCAGCUCAGUGCUGCUGGGAUCAUCCAACCCGACUCAACUAACAGAGAAUCUGGGAGCCAUUCAGGUAAUUCCAAAGAUGACAGCAGGCAUUGCCUCAGAGGUUGAUCACAUUCUGGGAAAUCGUCCUCACAGUAAAAGGGACUACCACCAUUAGGAUGACCCCCCCUUUCAGUGAACUAUGCUUCAACAGCUUAUCAAAGCUCACCUUUCACAGCCAUGGCACCAUUAACGCGUGCCCAAUUUUGCUUGUGUGCGCGGAUGACUCUGUGUGUGACUGUGUAAAGUGUUCUGCUUGGCUCCUCGUCUGUAUGAAGAUCAACCAGUACUCAUUAUUGUAAAGUGAGUUACUUGACAAAGCAUGCAUGCUACAGCUAUAGCAGCCAGCCACUGGACUCAGAGUGAACAAAGGAUCCAGCAAGAUGAUUUCUGGAAUCAAACUGUGCAAAAACUGCUGAAACACAAAUUUAAAGACAUAAAAGAUUACAUUAUUGAGAAAUAAAUCUUGCUUCUGUGAGUAUGGGUGUCUAUGGGUGCAUUAUGUUAAGAAAACUAUAGAGGCACUUACUCCUGCAAAAAGCGUCAUAUAAGCUCAUGUUAAUGCAGUAAGUGAAACAAAAAGAUUAUCUGUAUCAAAAUGUACCCAGUGUUCCAGAAAUCUACCUUACUAGAUAUUUGUGAUGUGAAGAAAAAAAAACAAUGAUGUGUGUAAUUGGGCCCUCAGCAGACUGGAUGAUAUGCUAACACAUCCUAUUGCAGCUGGAGCUGACCUGCCAACGUGAUGAAUCGUUUCAGUACUGGAUGAACUGAAAUUCUGCUCACAAUGUUGUCGCUUAUACCAAGAGAGCUAAAUUAAGCUGAAAUAUGUUUUGAAACAUCUGUACUGACUGUUAUAUAUUUUCCUUAAUAAGCAGCUAUGUCAGAUUGAGCUUUACAUCUCUGCGUGUGUGUUUUGUUUUUUGUUGUUUUUUUUUUUACACUCAUGCAAAAGUACUGCGUAGUGUACGCCCCUGUUGUGCCCCUUCAAACAGUUUUAAUUUGGACUCUGCCAGACUUCCUGUCACUGAUGAUAAUGUCUGAUUCAUUUCAUUUCAGUCUGUGUUGUGGCUAAAACAUUUGUCCUGUCACAGUUGGGAAGAUGAUCCUCCUAAGGGGAAGCUUGUGGAUUCAACAAAAAAAAAAAAAAAGCCAUGUAGCUAAUGAAAAUACAGUACCAUAUGGACCCCCGCAGUCAUUGCACCUGGAACACUCUUAAUUCUUACCCGACAUCUCCCAGAUGCCAGUUUUACAUAACGGGAUAUCUUUGUUAUGUUCUGUCUGUUCAAACGUGUUUUGGUGUUGUUCAUCAGAUUUGUACAUACAAAUAAAGAGCUUAUAAUUCUCAUGUGAUAUGUUUUAAAGAUCUAUAGUAAUUUUAUAUUAAUGCUAUGGAUGCCUUCUUUUUUUAACCCAGUACAAUAGAUUAAAUAAUAUAGCCUUGCUAAGAUAGACUUAUUGUUUGCUUAGUUAGACUGUAAACCUCAGUAAAAGUAUGUGACUUUCAAAAAAUUGGGGUAGUUACUGCUGUUUGCUGUUGGGGUUCAGCUGUGUUUUGCUGUUUCAUAAUAAAAUAAUGCGUGAGUUACUUA